GCACGUAAGUGAUACGGGAUUGUAGUUGUGUAGAUAGAUAGGCGCCGUUUUUUCCUUAUAUGUCAGUCGAAAUAUCUCUGCAAAACGUCGUUAGAAACCGUUGUUCACUCGUCGGAGUCAGCAAUACAUCUCAUCCCGUCGAAAAUGGAGGGUGAAGAGGUCGACUUCAAUUCUGCUGUUUCCGGGGCAUCAGAAACCUACCCCAUGCAAUGCUCGGCCCUCCGCAAGAACGGUUUCGUCAUGCUCAAGAGUCGCCCCUGCAAGAUUGUGGAGAUGACGACUUCGAAGACCGGCAAACACGGUCACGCCAAAGUCCACCUUGUCGGCAUCGAUAUCUUCAACUCCAAAAAGUAUGAAGAUCUUUGCCCCUCAACGCACAACAUUGAUGUACCAAAUGUGAACAGGAACGACUUCCAGCUCAUCGACAUCUCCGACGAUGGCUUCGUUUCCCUUAUGGACGACAAAGGAGAAAUCCGUGAUGAUCUCCGCAUUCCUGCCGACGAGGAGCUGGCGAAGAAGAUGCGCGAGGAGUUCGAGAAAGGUGAAGGUACUGUGAUCAUCACAGUCCUCUCAGCCGUCAAGGAAGAGGCUAUCAUUGCCUGCAAGAACACCAACUAAGGUUUCCCGAAGAGGGAAAGCGCACGGCAGACCUCGGACGUUUGUUAGGACGAGGCUGCGUGAAUUGCGUCUGGAGACAAUAAACGACGAGUUGAAGCUUUCUUUGGAGUUGGAGCUUUCCUCAGACCGUGUCGACUUGUGGCUCCAAUCCAGACAAGAUGCUCUUCGGAAUUAAGCCACCUAGCUGGAUCGAAGUUAGGUGUGGAAGGAAAUCUCAUACAUGCAAUGGAGAAUGAGCACGGGGAACGAGGAUCUACCUAAUCAAUGAAGGAAGCGAGCGAUACCAGCGGCGGCAGCAGCAAAGGCAGCAUGAUUUACGAAGGAGACGUCGACAACGAAGACCAACCUGAUACAUUAAAGUUAAAGUACGAAAGACUUCGAGUGCCACUGAGGGGCGCGGCGUCCCUCAGCUCUUCCGGGAUACCGGAAAAUUCCGGCCGGUGGCACUCCAUGUGUAAAGGCAUGACUGUCUGAAACUCUGGACACGAGAUUGUUCGAGAGACGAGAAGAUCGAGAGCAAUUAAUUAUCGACGACAAUAAACUGGUUGCAUGAGGGAUGACCCUUAUU